UAUAAAGAAUUGUGUAUUUAAAUAAGAAGAAAUCACUGUCAUUGCGUUGUUGGAUUGCAAUGCUUUGUCAUUGUGAUUUGUGGGUGAAAAGGGCACUAUGGUUAUUUUAUUCGUAGAGUGUGUCGAUACACAGAAGAUUUAAAGCAGUGGAGAGGGAGAGCAUUUGCCCACACUGAAACUGAAGAAAAAUAGAAAUGGAAGAAAUUGGGUUUUUAGGGCUAGGAAUCAUGGGGAAGGCCAUGUCCAUGAACUUACUCCGCCAUGGCUUUAAGGUCACUGUAUGGAACCGGACUCUUUCUAGGUGUGAUGAGCUGGUGGAGCAUGGAGCUUCAGUAGCAGAAACCCCUGCAGCAGUAGUUAAGAAGUGCAAAUAUACCAUUGCGAUAUUGUCUGAUCCUUCUGCAGCUCUUUCGGUGGUUUUUGAUAAAGAUGGUGUUCUUGAGCAAAUUUGCAGUGGAAAAGGUUACAUUGACAUGUCAACUGUUGAUGCUGACACGUCUUCAAAGAUCAACGAGGCAAUCACAUCAAAAGGUGGUUCUUUCCUUGAAGCUCCAGUUUCAGGUAGCAAAAAGCCUGCUGAAGAUGGUCAACUGGUAAUUCUUGCUGCUGGGGUGAAGGCACUCUACGAGGAAGCACUUCCUGCUUUUGACGUCAUGGGGAAGAAGUCAUUUUUCCUUGGCCAUGUUGGAAAUGGAGCAAAAAUGAAACUUGUUGUGAACAAGAUAAUGGGGAGUAUGAUGAAUGCAUUUUCAGAGGGACUUGUACUGGCUGACAGAAGUGGAUUGAGCCCUAAUACUCUUCUGGAUGUGUUGGACCUAGGUGGAAUUGCUAAUCCAAUGUUCAGGAUGAAAGGACCCACCAUGAUUCAGGGCAGUUACUCUCCAGCAUUUCCUCUGAAACACCAGCAGAAGGAUAUGAGAUUGGCUCUUGCCCUCGGGGAUGAGAAAGCGGUAUCAAUGCCAGUGGCAGCUGCUGCCAAUGAGGCAUUCAAGAAAGCCAUAAGCAUGGGUUUGGGGGACCUUGAUUUUUCGGCUGUGCACGAGACCGUGAAGGUUCCUGAACAUUAAUCCUGGUUUGACGCAUAUAGAUUAAAACGUGAAGCAUGAUUGCUGGCAUAAAAUUUCCUUGGUGAUUAUGGAAGCCAAAGCUUCGUGUUCCAGCUAAUAAAUAGUACUGUGUGAUGAUUUGCUUCUAAUGAAUUGUUCAUUGUAAGGGCAUGAAUAUUUCACUUACCCAAGAUCUUGUGAAAUAGGAACUUUUCAACGGGUCGAACCAGUAAAAAUUGCAGUAACAAAUAUGAAAUGAAUCACAUGCUUUGUUCAA